AUGGUUUUUUUAACAAUCCUAGCAGCCAUUGGCUUCACUAAGGUAGGCAUUGCUGCCGGCUCAAUCGCUGCAUUUCUUCAAACCCCAUUCACGGUAGCUGGUGGACUUUUUGCUACGUUUCAAUCCGUAGCUGCUACUGGAGUUGUUACUUUUGGUGUUGCUAUGAAGAUUAUUGGUGGAAUCGGAGCUGCUAUUGGCACUUUCGGAGCGCUUGUUGCCGGACUAUUUUCCCUGUUUUGA